CGGCCAGAUCACGCCCUGCGGCUGCACGCGGAAACCGGCCAAGGCUGCGAGGUCGGGAACUCUCGUCUCUCCUCCGCAGUGUGAGUUGGAUAUCAUCGCACGAUGAUGAACGCUAUCGAGAGUACCGCGAACGCUGACGAUUUACGCAUGCGCGAAGCGAGUCGAUCUACUGGGGAAUCUCUCUAGCGUCAUCGAUUCAUCAUCGACAACAAUUCGUCGUCUCGUUAUAGGAGGCUGCGAGUCGGCAGAUCUUUUGAGAGUGUCUCGCCGAGCGAUAAGUGUAUAACAUAGGAACGAUAACAUGCUGCGGAGGUCGACGCUGCUCUUCGCGCUUCUCGCUCUGUGCGCUGGAGACCAGUGGCUGAUGGCGGGAGACUUCAUAUCCGACGGAGAAGCCGAACGCCACAACCUUCUGCUUGACAGUACCAACUCCACGACGAGCGUCAGCUCGUCCAUUCGGAUCACCCUCACACCCCCGAUGCACCACACCAUCAACUGCAUCAUCGCGGCGGCUUUGCAUUUGAACGGCGACGUGAGCGUCGUGGACGGCGGCGUCGGCUCCAAUAGCGUCACACUGGCUUAUAAGACUUUAAACAGCCAGCCGGAUCAGUUCUUCGUGCUCAUGGAGUCUAACGUCGAUCGACAAUGGGUGCAAGAGGCGCUGGAGAUGAGAGGCGACGCGGUGGAGACGUCGAGACUUGCGAUUUUCUACGAUAAGAUGAGGGACUGGAAAGCUUCGCCGGUCGUCGGCGUUGCUGACUUUGGGAAUGAUGGGGCGAGAGAGCAUCGGGAUGAGUGAAUUUGUAAAUUGAAAGGCUACUAGUAUGUGUGUGUGUGUGUGUGUGUAAUGUAACUGGAAAUCUUUUGUAUACAGAAAAUACUAACACAAUAAGAGACAUAUUAUAUAGAGGCAAAGAGAAUUUUUGCAGUAAUAAGGCAUAUUUCAUACAUAAAUAAAGUAUGCAUGUAUAUAAAUAAAUGAAUAUGAAACGCACACGCGCA